CUGUAAUUUGGUGGAGUGGUUAAAUGAAAUGCUUCCUCAUUUGAAUUUACCACCUGAAGCUUCAGAGGAAGAACUGAGAGCAUGCUUAAUUGAUGGCACUGUUUUGUGCAGCAUUUUGGACAAGCUGAGUCCUGUUUCAAUUCCAAUGGGAGACAAUUUUGAGCCUGGUAUAGCAAAUAUCGAGAGAUUUCUAACUGCUAUGGAUGAAAUGGCAUUGCCAAGGUUUGAGCUAUCAGACCUGGAGCAGGGAAAUAUGGUGCCAGUUUUGCAGUGCCUUAAGGCACUUAAAGCUAGCUUUAGCUCAAAUGGUGGGGUUGAUAGGGGCCAAAUUCAUCAAAGAAAGAGGUGGAAUCCCUUGGAGGCAGAUGUCACGGGCGAAAGUGAUUGCUCCCAGGGAAAUAUGUUGUCUUGUAUUGAACCUUUUAUAUCAGAUCCAUCUGCUGCAUUAAAGCUAGGAUCUUAUGCUGACCUUUCUGAUGCCAAGAUUUCGGAAUUAAUAAAAUCAUGCAGUAUGCAAAAAGCUUCAGCUCAAUCACUGUUCAAUCUUCUGAACAAAAUUCUGGAAGAAAGCAUUGAAAGGAAAAAUGGGGAUGUAUCGCAUCACGUGGCAUAUCUACUGAGAGGAGUUUUGCAAUUGGUGGAACGGAAGAUUUCGACCCAAGCAGAAAACUUAAAGAUUCAAAACAAUCUCUUCAGGGCCCGUGAAGAGAAAUACCAAUCCAUAAUAAGAUUAAUGGAGACCUUGGCCACAGGGACUACUGAAGAAAACGAGGUUGUUAUGAACCAACUGGUGCAAAUAAAGCUUGAGAAAAUCAAAUUAGAGGAGAAAGAAAAACUUGAAGAGCAGGACGUGCUUAGACUGAAGAAAGAAAAAGAUGCUAGUGACAUGGAGAUUCUUAGAUUAAAGAAGGAGUUGGAGCUAGGUAAAAAGAUGCAUGAACAGCAUUGCCUAAAACUAGAAGUAGAAGCCAAAGAAACUAGGGCUGAACUGGAGAAGAAGUUGAAGGAAGCUGAGUGUCUUUUGAUUGAAUCAAGGAAGAAGGUGGAAGAACUUGAAUCCUUCACUGAAACUAAAUCUCUGAGGUGGAAAAAGAAAGAGCGCAUGUAUAGGAGCUUUAUGGAUUGUCAAUUUGGGGUUUUACAGGAGCUAAGGAUUACUUCAGAGUCCAUUAAACGUGAUGUAUUAAAGACAAGAAGGAACUACUUGCAGGAAUUUAAUUCCUUAGGAGUGAGGCUUAAAGGAUUAACUGAUGCUGCGCAAAAUUAUCAUUCAGUUCUUGUAGAAAAUAGAAAAUUGUACAAUGAAAUUCAGGAUUUGAAAGGAAAUAUUAGAGUUUAUUGUCGGAUUAGACCAUUUCUUCAGGGGCAAAACAAGAAACAAACAACUAUAGAGUACAUUGGUGAGAACGGUGAAUUGGUUGUUGUGAAUCCCUCAAGGCAAGGAAAAGAUACCCAUAGGUUGUUCAAAUUCAAUAAGGUCUUUGGUCCAACAGCAACUCAAGAGGAGGUAUUCUUAGACACUCAGCCAUUAAUUCGGUCUGUCCUUGAUGGCUACAAUGUUUGUAUAUUUGCGUAUGGGCAAACUGGGUCAGGAAAAACUUAUACAAUGAGUGGGCCAACUGCAUCAUCAAAAGAAGACUGGGGGGUUAAUUAUCGGGCACUGAAUGAUCUUUUCCAAAUCUCUCAGAGCAGGAAAAAUUCCAUUAUUUAUGAAAUUGGUGUUCAAAUGGUUGAGAUAUACAAUGAACAAGUUCGCGACCUACUAUCUAACAGCAGUCCUCAGAAAAGACUUGGGAUUUGGAAUACUGUGCAACCAAACGGGCUAGCAGUCCCUGAUGCAAGCAUGCAUUCAGUUAAGUCAACUGAAGAUGUUUUAGAAUUGAUGAGUAUUGGAUUAAUGAAUAGGGCUGUUGGUGCCACAGCCUUAAAUGAAAGGAGUAGCAGAUCCCACAGUGUUCUCACUGUUCAUGUUCGUGGCACGGAUAUGGAGACUGAUGCUGUUUUACGCGGUAGCCUACAUUUGGUAGAUCUUGCUGGCAGCGAAAGGGUGGAUCGCUCUGAAGCAACCGGAGACAGACUUAAGGAGGCACAACAUAUAAACAAGUCACUGUCAGCUCUUGGAGAUGUAAUUUUUGCUCUAGCACAAAAGAGUUCUCAUGUUCCGUACAGAAAUAGCAAGUUGACUCAAGUUCUUCAGAGUUCUUUGGGUGGACAAGCAAAGAUUAUGUUUGUGCAGCUAAGCCCAGAUGUCGAUUCCUAUUCUGAAACUGUAAGUACCUUGAAGUUUGCUGAAAGGGUUUCAGGUGUUGAAUUAGGUGCUGCAAGGAGCAACAAAGAGGGACGGGAUGUUAGAGAACUCAUGGAACAGGUCGCAUCCCUCAAGGAUGCAAUUGCAAACAAAGAUGAAGAGAUUGAGAGGUUACAGCAGCUUAAGGCUAGCCUCAAUAGCACAAAGCAUGGUAUGGGCUCACUUAGGUAUGAAUCUUCAUCUCCUAGAAGACAUUCUGUAGGGGCUUCACCACGGAGUCGAAGCUUACCAAGAGGGAAAAGCUCGAGGGCUACUUCAAAAGCAUCAUCCGAUGCUGAAAGAUUAUCAGAGAACAGUGAUAAGCACUCCGAAGGUGGCUCCCACCAGUCACUGGAUGAAUCCAGAUAUCAUAAAGAACUUCUUCCACAGUCUAAGCUUGCUGGAAGUAGUGCAGCUCAGAAUUUAACAGAAGAUAUUGAACUCCUAGGUCUGAGGGAUGCAGACUCUGAGGAGAGAUUAAGCGACAUUUCUGAUGGUGAUCUUUCAAUGGGAACGGAAACUGAUGGCUCAAUAGGCAGUCUAGUCGAAUUCACUCUCUUCCCUGAAACUGCAAAACCUGCCGACAAAGCGGAGAGCAUUGAGGAAGUGACUGUUCCAUCCAAACUUCCGAGGCCCACACAAAAGUCAUCCCAAAAGAAACCUUCUCGAUUGUCAAUAACCACGGGCUCCUCCUCAAAGCUCUUAGCAAGUGCUAGGAAAGCUACUACUCCAAGCAUUUCAUCUGCAACUAAGGCAUCCAAAAGAUGGCAGUGAACAUGACAGAUUCUCACGUCCAGUUUAUUUCUAUUUUUGACUUAAUGAGCUUCUGCAUAUUCACUGCUUUCAUUUAUUAUAGGGAAUUCUUCUUGUAUCGGAAUGGAUGUAGUGAACUGUUUCACGUCCUAAUAUAUGCCCACUUUUUAUAGUUGCA